AAAUCACGGUAGAGUAAAUGUUCAAGAUGGUGGCAGAGAAUUGGAGGUUUGAUAGGCGCGGUUCCUUUUGUUCGUUACUUGGAAGAAGCAGGUGGCAUCAGACCGUAUAAUAAACGGCGUCAGAUACCUGCGAAAAUAUUCGAUUUUCGUUUUACAGCUAUCGAUUUUUCAAAAAUAUAUUUCUUAUCGGUUUACACGUCAGCUGACACAUGUUUAUGUACAAGUCGAAUACAUGCAUGUAACGUGCAUGAAAUUUCUCCUAAUAAAGUUGGCAAAAUAAAUCAGUUAUUUCGUUGAGAAAUCCGACUCAAUAAACAAAAUUACUGUGGAUAUUAUGGAAAAGUUAAAAGAUAAGGGGUGGUACAUUACAGAUCAUGGUUAUACCAUUGCAAGUGAUUCGGAAAAUAUUACUGAUGUACAAAAGAUCAUUAAGCGAUUAUUGGAUCUUGAUUUAAGAGAGAUUGGUAGUGGUCAAGGAGAUAUUAAUGAGGGUAAUAUUGUGUUACAAAUACAAAAAUUACGUAAUGUUGCUGCACCAAAAAGCAAUGAGGAAUCCCGUGCAGCUCCACGAUUGUUGAAAUUAUUUUUAACGGAUGGUAAAAAUAAUUUUCAAGCUGUAGAAGUUGAACACAUUUCAUUUUUAAGCUUAAAUACUCCUCCUGGCACAAAAAUAUUGCUUGGAUCAGGAAGUCCACCUAUGUCUCAUGGAAUUAUCUUACUUAAACCAUCACAGAUAGCACAAGUGCUCGGAGGAAAAGUAACAAGCCUUGUAGAAAAAUGGGAACUGAACAAAAAAUUGGCAUUGCAUACAAGAGUAAGGUCUACAGAAGAAGGUGGACCACCACCAUGGAUACCAUUUGGCAAAAAGAUUAUAAAAGUCUCUGAACAUGAUAAGAAUUUCAAAGCUUUAGCAGAGAAAGAAAAAGCUAGUAAAGAAAAUGCUGAGUUUGAAGCUCAGCGUAAGGAUGCUAUAGCAGAAGCUGCUAAACAAGGUAGCAAAAAAGUGUUUGGUGGUGGAAAUAAACAGCUUUUAGAUCAUAGUGUACAAAAAAUUGUAGACCAAGGCUUUUCUAUAGAACAAGCAGAAUAUGCAUUGAAAGUCAAUCGAAAUAAUGUUGAUAAAGCUUUGAAAAGUUUGCAGAAAGCAGAGAGUAAACAGAGUACAUUCAAAGAAGUCCGGGAACCACGUGAACCGCGAAAUAAACGAUUCGAGAAGAAAUCUGAGGAAAGCAAACCAAGUAGUGGAAAAAUAUCCCUUUUUGAUUUUCUUGAAGAUAAAUUACCUUUACAGUCUGAAUCUGCAGAAACAAAUAAUCUAUCUCAAAAUAGUUAUACACAAAAUACAGAAAGUAAUCACGAGAGAAUUGAGUUUAAAAAUAAUGAAAUACAAAGUGGAAAAAGUGGAAGAGCUCAAAAAGGAGGCCGAGGAUAUCAAGUACCUCCAAGACAUUCGGACGAAAAUCGGAGCAGUAAAAAAUCAAAUUUUACCAAUACUGUACCUCCCCAAUUUUCUCAGUACAAUGGAGGAAACCAUUCUCAGCAAAAUAAACCGCCAAGAUUUCAACGAAACCAAGAUACUCAUAAUCAUUCUCAACAAGAUACUGGAAUAAAAACGUAUCAAAAAUCUCAAUCAAAUGAUUUACGAACUUCCGGUUUACACACGCGUACAGAUGGAGUAAAUGUAACCAAUAGUAAUAAUUAUUAUAAAGCUCCGCAAGAUCAACAGGGAAAAAAUUUUGGUACCAGCAGGAAUUAUAAUCAUCAUGAUCCUGAUGCCAGGAAUAGGCAAACUUAUGAUGCUUCUUACGGUAGGCACAAUCGAGCGCAAGAAGACGGAACGCAUAGGACUUAUCCUGCAAGUACAACUGAUAAAAAUUACAAAAACCAACUGAACAGAUUUCAACCGAAUGACAAUUCUGGUGGCAAAGGAACUAUAGGGCCCAACAAUCAAAGAGGUCAAAAUCAGUAUAAUAGCAAUCAAAAUGCGAAUAUUCCUGUUGGCAGUACCUGGGUUUGGCGAGUAGGUGACAAAUGUCUAGCCAAGUACUGGGAAGAUAACAGGUAUUACACCGCAAAAGUAACUGGUGUAUCAGACAGGACAUGUGUUGUUCAAUUCAAAGGAUUUGAAAACUAUGAAGAAGUGCUACAAGUGGACUGUUUACCUUUAACAAAUGAUCAUCAAGUUGUUCAAGAUUACGCGCUAGAUCAAAAGCAGUUAGAUCAACGAUUUAACAACAGGCAACUACGUUAUGAUCAAACGCAAAAUCACAUAGCUGCAGGAAUGGAAUUUCGUAGAGGUGGAAAUGGAGUUGUUCCUGCAAAUAAAUCUGGUAGUUAUAAUAAGAAACGUAAUCAGCAACGAAGUACACAGCCCAUUUAUCAACCUCCAGCACAACGAUGCCAGAGUUCUAUGCCUAUGAAUACUCCAAAUAAUACCUUACUUUAAUGUACCAUUAAAGUUUUUAGCAAAAGUACUGAACUUCACUAAAUUUCUGAUUGUAGUUGUGUUAUUUUUGAUCAUUGACCUCAUGAAAAAGAAUUACAUACUUUUUGUGUAUGCUGGUUUAAAUAAUAGGUCAAUAGUUUAAGACGCGACAUGAAUAAGUCCUGUGCCACAAAUAAUUCAUAAAUUAAAUAUGUAAUAUGUGUAUAUCCUUUAUUUCCUUACAUACCGAAAGUGAAACUAAUGGCUAAAAACGUUAAUGUAAGGUAUUUAUUAUAUUACCCAGAACAUCAAGAUAUUUAUAUUGUAGACUAAUUACAUACUAAUAUUAAAAAAA